AUGAGCCGUCUCCCGCCUGUUGACAAGCUCCCCCUUGCAAUCCGAAAGGAUGAUUCACCAACACGACCAGUCCGCGACAACUACGAGUCCAAGAAGGAUGAGCUGGCAAAGAAGAUCUCGGAUGUCCUCGGUGCCGAAUGGACCGUGGACAUCAACCCGAACCAGAUCUACGCCUAUGCAAAGGACGGAUAUGCCAAAGAGUCCCCCGGCGCCAUGAUUGCAGCAUACGUGGAGGGUGUAGAGUGGCAACUCAAAGACUUUGUCUCCAAAUACGGCGACGCCGGCAAAACCGAAAUCAACACGCUGGUGCCCGCCCACGUCCUCACCAUGGACCUCGACGUCGACGGGAAGUUCACCUACUGCGGCUGCGAGGUCUCCGAGUCGGGCGGCCUCGUCAUCCUUUUCGGCCCCGACGCCCUGGGCACCAACAUUGACAGCGCCGCCUCGGAGGAGAACCUGACCAAGGCCCUCAACGCCGCGUCCGCCCCGGGGCUGCCUAUGAGCUACGUUGCGCGCAGGUCCGUCCGCGACGAGUACGACGCGCAGAUUGCCCCUAUCCAGGCUAGAAUCAACGAGCAGCUCGGCAGGGAAGUCACCCUCAAGCCAGGGUUUGAGGAGGCCUUUGAGAAGCUCAAGGCGGCCGCGGACGCAGAUGACCACUGGGAGGUCAAUCUGGGCAUGUACGUCAGGGAGUAUUUUGACGCUCUGGCCAGCUGGUUGGAGUAUAACAAGGCCAAGGAUGAUGAGAUGGUUAGGGAGGGCGUGAAUGAGGCGGCGGAGAGGGGCGAGGUGCUGUUUCGGGUGGUGGACGACGGCGUCGUCAAGAGCGGGUAUAACGAGACGGUUGUGGAGGGCGGCGCGUUGUAUUUGCAGACUGUGCCGGGGAACUUUGGCACGAAUAUCGGGCAGGUUGUGGAUACGUUGAUGGACCAGCUGUAG